AUGAACGUUUCUCUUGCACUGUUCCAGGUCCGCAGCAAGCUGUUUCUCGUGGACGCCUCGAUUCCUCCCGAAUGGAUAUCCAUCUGGGACCCGACGAAAUCAGAGGCCAUCACAGAACACUCGAUGUGCCAUCCCGGACGGCCGUGUCCCCAGGGCGACGGCCACGAUGGCUCGCCCGCCUUGGAAGCCUUCCACAAGGCAAAAUCGGAUGCGUUCUGUUUGCCGUUCGCAGCAGACAACGAGCCCUCGCCGUCCGCAAUCAGCUCCAUGUUACCUUUGGACCACGGCUGCAGCUUGGCGUACUCGUGGGCCGGGUCCUUGUCGAACUUGGCCACAUUAAAAUACACAGACCCGUCCGGUGUGGCGUACGCCCAUGUCCUCGUCGAACUUGCGUUCCCAGUACGACGAGCACGCUUUGAAGAUCUCUGGGUCGGUAACUGUGGAUCCGAGCUCCUUGUCGAGUUUCGGAACAAGAACGUCCUGGAUGUUGGCGAAGAACGAUUCCAGGUCGGUUCCGUGUUGCAACUCGUUGGAUGCGGCAACGGCGGCCUUCACAUGCAUAGGCAAUUUGGGCUUUUGCACACCCAGAGCUGCCAGAUCCAAGGUCUUGGCCCAGUCAACAAACGAGCCAGACCCGUCCCAUUCGGGGAUGUUUUUCGAGAUGUACUCUUGCAAGGCGGUGGCCACGUUCUUCUUGAGCUCGGCCGAGAUCUCGGUAUGGGACUUCUUGUACUGGGCAAACAAAUACUCUUGUCUGGCCUUGAUGAUGAUCUUGUCAUCGAUAUCUGUCACGUUCUGGAUAAAUCUAACGUUGUAGCCAAAAUAGUCCUGCAUGAUUCUUCUGUUGAUGUCGAUGGUGACAUAAUUUCUGGCGUGGCCCAUGUGGCUGGAGUUAUAAACGGUGGGACCACAGCUCGGCCGCUCACUUUGAUUGUGGGCACCAACGGAUCGGGCAAGACCACCAUCAUUGAGGCCCUGAGAUACGCCACUACGGGGGAUCUCCCUCCCAACUCCAAGAACGGCGCGUUUGUGAAUGAUCCGGGCAUGACGGGCGUGACAGAGACAAAGGCCCAGGUCAAGCUCGCGUUCCAGAACGUCAACCAGACAAAUAUGGUGCUGACCAAGUCGCUGGCCGCGUUCAAGAACUCGCGCACCAAGAACACGAGCUUCAAAACGCGCGAGAACCAGCUCGUUGCCGUGCACAACGGCGAGAAACAGACGGUCACGUCGAAAAUGGCCGACAUCGAGGUGGCGGUGCCGCAGCAGCUCGGCGUCUCGCGCGCCGUUCUCAACUACGUGAUCUUCUGCCACCAAGACGACAGUCUGUGGCCGAUCAGCGACUCGGCCAAUUUGAAGAAGAAGUUCGACGAGAUCUUCGACUCGGUCAAGUUCAUCAAGGUGUUGGAGACGUUCAAGGUCAUUCAGAAGGAGAUGAACGUGGAUAUCAAGGUGCUGAACAACAGUGUCGACCAUUUGCGCAACGACCGCAACAGAGCGCACAAUAAAACGGCGCAGAUCGACGAGUUGAACCGUCAGGUGGACCAAUUGAACAUGGAGUCGGAUUCGCUGUCAAAGGAGAUCGAAACGGUGAACCGCGAGGCCGAGAAGCUGUUCACCUCGAACCAAGACUACGAAAAAACCAUUAAUCGACUCGAAUAUCUUAAACAGCAGGAGGUUUCUUUGGGACAGCAGAUAGAUAUGAUCCGCACCACGACGAAACCUGUGAGCGGGUCGAUGGAUGAUAUCCGGUUGCAAUUGGACAAUUUCGCCAAUAUUCUUGUGGAGAAGAAGUCGGAGAUAGAUCAGCUCAAGUCGCAGCUGGAGACACGCAGUUUGGACCUGGAGACGAAAAGAGAAAACUACAAUUCGAGUGUAUUGGAGUCGGGUCGGUACGCUGGUCUUUGGGAGCAGUACGAGAGGAAUCUGGCCGAGAUCCAGCGAUUGGAAGCCGGUUUCGAUCAGAAGCGACUCGCUAGUUUGACCGCGCUGUUUGAGGACAAACAGAGCCAUUUCAAAACUGUUGUUGAGGACAUUGAGUUUGAGGCCACAACGGUGAAAGAGGAGCUCGCAAAGGAACUCCAGCAUGCCGAGUAUGUGCGGAAAGACAUUGCUAGUUUGGAGGCCAAAAAAAGCGAGCUUGAACGAGUUUUGGCCUCCUCUAGUACAAACCAGACAAAACUGCAGAAUGAGCGAACUCUAUUGGUUCAAGAUGAAAAGGAACUGGAAGACUACCGCCAGCAACGCGUGCUGGCUACCGUGAACGAGAAGAUUUCGCAAACAGAGGCGCAGAUCCGCCAGGUCGAGGUGAAACAGGAAGAUUUGUUUCGCAAAGUUGGCCAGACCAGUCGACAGUCUGACGCGAUGGCCAAGAUGCAUUAUUUGAAGAAGUCUCUGGAAGGAAUAGAAGAGAAGCUUGAGUCUGCCUUUGGCAGGCUGGGCACUAAUAGUGUUGAGCAGUUUACGAGCAGUUACGAGACGAUCAAGUUGGAGUACUCCCAGCUGGAAGAAGAGCUGAAAAGUGAGCAGCAUGCUCUUUCUGAGCUGAAAAAUAGUCAUCAGGUGCAUUUGCAACGGUCGCAGGAGUCUUCGGAGCAGAUUGCUGUGCUAGAAAAGGAGAUUACCACCGUUUUGGGAGCCACUCCAAUAGACCAGUACGACGAGGUUUUGGAGGACGCCGAGUACGAGUUCAACGACUGCGACGGAGGAGUCAAGGUCCGCGAGUACUGCAUCAACUUUAAUAAGCGAGCGAUCGACCUGGUGAACCACAAGAACGCGUGUUUACUGUGUCACCGGGAGUUUGGUGUUUCUGACGAGAAGAGCAAAGUUCUGGAGCUUCUUUCGAAACAGACCAGCAUUCUGGAGAAUAAUAAGAGCGCCGAGGAUGCGUUGAAGGCUGCACGGAAACGACUCGAGACAGUGAAGGGGGUUGCUGGGAAAGUGGAGGAGUACCGCAAGCUAAAGAACCGAGAGGACGGGGUGUUGAAGCUUGUUGAGGAGUUUGCGUUAAAGACGGAGAAACAAGCGGCUAUAGUCAGUGCGAAGAGCGUUCAGAUUGAAGAGAAACGUGGCGUCAAGAGCCAAUUUGAUGCGUUAAUAUCGACGGUUGACGAGAUUGCUCGUUUGGAGAGCGAAAAGAGCGUUAUUGAAAAACAGCUCACGAGCUUCAAGUCUGAGCUUUCUGUUUAUGGAGAAGAGCUUCAGAGCAUGGAGGAGCUAGAAAUUGCUCAGUCGGAUGCCAACAGUGAGGUCAGACGGUUGCGGCUGGUUCUGGAACAUCUGAAAGCUGAGCGUGAACAGAGUUCUCGCAAACUGGCCACUUUGGAGGGGCAGAUCAAGGACCGCAAGCUGGUCAUCAUGGAGCUGGAAAAGUCCGACCUGGAUAACGUGAACGUUCAGAACUCGUUGCGGGAGGUAACUGUGGAAGUUCAGCAGUUGCGAGACUCGGUUAUUGAGAAAGAGAAGCUAAUAAGUCAACUGAAAACCAGCCAAGAGGAAUUGUUGCAAAAACUGCAGACGACGAACGACCAAUCGCGCCAGGAAUUGGACUCCAUCUUGCCCGAGAUCGAGCGUCAAAAGACCAUUCAGCGCGACAUCGAGUCUCUGCGCACGGUGGUGCGCGAGUUUGAGGAAAAGUAUCCGAAAAAGGUGAGUUUCGAAGAUUUGACGUUGGAGCUCAAGGAAGGUAUUAAAAACGAGGAAGUUGCUAUCAAACAGCUUGCGGACCAACUGCGCACGCUCGAGCACGCUGUGAGCGACGCAGACAACGAGGAACGCAACCUGCGGUACAAUCUGGACCUGAUUUCGCUGGAAACCCAGCAGGCAGAAACGCGUGCCACCAUCGCCGAACUGUCGCAGCAACAGGCCGAGUCCAAACGACAGGAGUUUGUUUCCAGGAGCCGCGAGCUGCAAGCCAGACAGUCCGAGCUCCAGAACCAGUACUCCACGAAACUCGGAGAAAUGACACAGCUGUCUCGCCAGAUCCAGUCGGUCAAGCAGGAGCUGGCACGUGACUACAAGGACGUUGACCAGAAGUACACCAAGGAGUAUGCGAACUUGCAGACGAAGCUGUCGAUGGUGACGGACUUGUCGACGUACUACAAGGCGAUCGACAACGCGGUGAUUGAGUACCACCAGGUGAAGAUGAAGGAGAUCAACCGGAUUGUGGACGAGCUUUGGAAAAAGACGUAUAUGGGCAACGACGUGGACACCAUCAUGGUGAAGGCGGACCCCAUCAAGUCUACUGGCUCGUCGCUGACACGCUCGUACAACUAUCGGGUGGUGAUGGUGAAGAACGGCACGGAGCUGGACAUGCGGGGCCGGUGUUCUGCUGGCCAGCGAGUGCUGGCCGCGUUGAUUAUCCGGCUGGCUUUGGCCGAAUGUUUUGGGCUCAAUUUCGGUAUGAUUGCGCUGGACGAGCCAACCACGAACCUGGACGACGAGAACAUCGAGUCGCUGGCCAAGGCGUUGAGCAACAUCAUCCAGGAACGCGCUAGUCAGAAGAACUUCCAGCUGAUUGUGAUCACUCACGACGAGAAGUUUCUGCGGUACAUGAACGCAGUGGACUUCACAGACCAUUACUACAAGAUCAUCAGAAACGAGAGACUCAACUCGACGAUCAACCGUGUUGAAAUCAGUCAAUUGGACGAUUAA